AUGGCGCACUACGUAGCAGCAAGCAAGUUGCAAGACAGAGGCGUUGAUCUACCUGUUGCCGAACACGUUAUUCCUAUUCGCGGUCUAUCUUCUUCUUCUUCUUCUCAGCUCUCUGGCCGAGAUCAACUUCUCUCAAGCAGGGACAUAACUGUUUCAGAGCACAUUACUGGCUUGCGUAAUGCCCGCGAUAUCUUUGGGGUCGACGUCCAGGUUGGAGACGAAGUGUCUACUCUCAUUUUCAACACAGGAGUUCCGUUUACGUUGGUCUUUGCGCCAGGGUUUCAAUGCUUAGACGUCGACGGGAACAAGUUCGCGUCGGGUGCGUGCCCAUUCACUGCCCACGAUACCGCCAGUUUCUCCGGAGGCAGGAUCGAUGGUCCAAUUCUGAACCUUACCUAUGGAGAUGGAACUGGUGCUUCAGGCCCGCGAGGUUACGAGAAAGUCGGUUUGGCUGGUAUUCAUGUUGACCGACAGGAGAUAGCCAUUUGUGACCACGCUGUAGAACAAAAUUGGACAACAAAGCCACUAGGUGGUUUCGCGGGGUUCUCAUUUCCAAAUACCGAUACUCAGAAGCUAAAGGCGAACUACUCAUAUACACCGUGGAUUUUCACUGCUUAUGAGCAGGGUUUAAUUAAUCCGCCCGUUUUCUCUGUCGCUCUAAAUCCUGUUUACAAGGACUCAGUCGACUUUGCCAACAAUGGCGCGCUAGCUAUCGGUGGCCUGCCACCCAACGUACCAACCGCUGGAUCAUGGGCGAUCACACCAGUGGUUAGCGAUUUUGCGGACGAGGUGAUACGAUACUGGACCAUAAUACCGGAUGGCUUUACAGUCAAGUCAAAAGAGAAUCCUCUUGGCAAGUUUGUGCCAUGGACUGAACAAGCGAAAUACAUUCCUGGACUUCGUCGAUUGCAGGUUGUCACCAGUGUUUGGGGCGUUAUCCUUCCAAAAGCAUAUGUCGACGAGAUCUACAAAUCCAUUGAUCCAGCCCCUUACCAAGCAAAGGACGGGAGUUGGGUGGCCAACUGCAAUGCAGCUUAUGCGGGCGCGAGUGUACGGAUUGGAGGUGUGGAUCUUUUCCUCGAUCGUGCCACAGUUAUAACUUCACAGUUUGGAGAUGAUCUUGAACCGGGUCAGUGCUCCCUUGGUGUAUAUGCAGGUAGCUACUUCCUUGGAGCCAAUUUUCUCAGGAGUGUUGUAGCAGUGCAUGAUAUGACUAAAGGGAACGAAAGAAUGCUAUUUAAGCAGCGGGUGUUUCAAAACUAA